AAUGGACAGGAUAAUAAUAAAUAUAGUAAAAUAGGCGUGGCAGCAUGACCGAAGAUGGCGUCCAUACUCCAUUGUCACUAUUUUAACACUACUAGUUAGUAGUUUUGCUUAUUUUUUAUUUUUAGCUAUUUAAACAAGUAGAUCAUGAUACCAGUUGCGUAGCUAUACGGCAUACGCUCUCCGUACUUCGGGAUGUCGCAAUGGUCGCAUUGUUGUGAUUUUAGCGAGAUUCACGGGAUAGUAGUUUGUGCCUGUAGUAUCCUUGUCUUACGACUAAAGCAUCGACUCGUAGUGGAGCACACACAUGACACACGAAGCGAGGAGUGAUGAGAUGAGACGAUACGAGUGAACCAAAUACACUUUCAUGUUCGACGUCAAGAUGAAUUAUCAUUUAUCAGGAAUAAUGGCAGAGGAAAUAUUAGAAAUUAAUGGCUUAGGGUGUCUGAGACCAGUGAGACCUGUGUAUCGUGUAUGUGCAUGGAUUAAUCAAGAAAAGACAACAGUACCUAUUGGAACAGAAUAGAUUAAAAUUAAAUAUUAAAUUUAUCAAUUUAAUUUAUUCUGUGGCAUUGGAUCGAUAGUUUUGGUCUGUGUUGGUUUCGCUAUGAACGCUUGAUUGAUUUUGGCAUUUUUUUAUAUUGUCUAUUUGUCUGAGACUCUGAGCACAUGUCUAAGAAGAAACAAUGUUAUUUGAAAUUGUACAUUGGACAACCUCUGUAGCUUACUAGUUUACCAGGUGAGAACCAUUACAAAGGGCAUAUUGGCCUGGUAAAUCUAAUGAUUUUUGACGACUGUCUGAAGAGUGAAGGGAGAAGUUUUCCAUCACCACAUUGAAUUCUGAGUACAUUUAGUGUUAAUUUUUUGGAACAGUAUUUAUCCACAGAGUAUUAAAUAAAUUCAACAUGUCUUUUGGUGGUUUUAUUGAUUUUUUUCAAAAAGGAAAAACAUUUAGGCCGAAAAAGAAGUUUUCACCGGGCACCCUUCGUUAUUCGUUGUAUAAACAUGCACAAGCUUCAUUAAACUCCGGCAUCAAUUUAAGGAAUGCAGUGCAAUUGCCACCGGGCGAAGACUUAUAUGAUUGGAUUGCUGUUCACGUGGUCGAUUUCUUCAAUCGAAUAAAUUUGAUAUAUGGCACAGUCUGUGACUAUUGUACAGAUACAUCUUGUCCAACCAUGAGUGGUGGCCCAAAGUUUGAAUAUUUAUGGGCUGAUAAAGAAAGAUACAAAAAACCAACACCAUUACCAGCACCUCAGUAUGUUUCACUGCUUAUGGAUUGGAUUGAAACACAAAUUAACAAUGAGAACUUAUUCCCUGUAUCAACAGAUGUACCAUUUCCAAAGACUUUUAUGCCACUUUGCAAAAAAAUACUUACUCGAUUAUUUAGAGUAUUUGUACAUGUUUAUAUACAUCAUUUUGACCGAAUUAUAUCUAUAGGCGCAGAACCACAUGUGAAUACGUGUUAUAAGCAUUUCUACUAUUUUAUAACAGAGUUUGAUCUAGUCAUUAAUAAAGAAUUGGAGCCAUUAAUGGAAAUGACAUCGAAAAUGUGCCAGGAUUGUCUUCAGAAUCAAUAAUAUCUUAUAUUUUAAAAAAAAAAUAUGUGUAUAUUUUUUGAAUUACUAUGUGGCAUUUAUUUUACAAUUUUGUUACCUUUAAAAAUGUAUAUUUUUAAAUUAAUAUUCUUUUGUUAAUUUAAUCAGGAGUUGAAUAAUAUAUGAUAUUAAAACAAGAAAAUGGA